GCCAUGAUGUGAUUCUGCUUUCAUAUCCUUCUCCACUUCACUAAAUCUAUCUGCAUUUGAUUUGCUUUUUCCUGUUUCCAACCCCAUUUUUCUUGCCUUCUUUUGUCUAAAGCAUCAAAGAGUUUUUCAUACUAUAACUUGCAGUUUUAUGGCUUCUUGGUAGCAGUGGUGGCCGGUGGUCGAGCGCGAUGUCAUCAGGUGAUAGAGGAAAAGAUGUUAUGGAAGGCACAGAAUCAUCGUCAAGAUCGAUUAGCAGUGGUGGCGGCGGCGGUGAACAUAGCCGUCAACCACCGGCUCCGUUAAGUAGGUACGAGUCACAAAAGCGGCGAGAUUGGAACACUUUUAGUCAGUACUUGAAGAACAAGAGACCACCAGUUUCACUUUCACAGUGUAGCGGAAACCAUGUACUUGAAUUUCUACAGUAUUUGGAUCAGUUCGGGAAAACAAGAGUUCAUACACAAGGUUGUGUAUAUUUCGGGCAACCGGAACCACCUGCACCUUGCCCAUGUCCUCUGAAACAAGCUUGGGGGAGUCUUGACGCGUUAAUUGGACGACUUCGAGCUGCUUAUGAAGAGAAUGGUGGAACGGCUGAAUCAAAUCCUUUCGGACGAGGUUCUAUUCGUGUUUACUUGCGGGAGGUCAGAGAAUCACAGGCUAAAGCUCGCGGAAUCAGUUACAAGAAGAAUAAGAAGAGGAGGAAGAAGAAGAAAAAUGAACUUGCCAUCACCACCACCACAGCUAGUACUAGUUCCGCCAGAGACGAAACAGUUAGUAGUGCCCCUCCUGUGAUACUGCCCUCGUCGAGAUCAUGAUUCAACUUAGUACUUCUUGUGGAUUAAGAUCAGUAAGUAUUCCGACACCGCAAUUCUGCGUAUAUCUGAUGAAUCUGUUCAUACUGAACUCCAGCUUGAAAUAAGGCAACUGCAACAAUGAAUGAGAAUUAGGUACAGCUUUGAACCUAUUCAUACUAAACUCCAGCUUAAACCCUAUUUUACUUUAAGAUUAAUUUUACUCCUUAUAUGGCAAGUUGGCAACUAUAUGUUCUUGUUAAGCUAGUUAGCUAGGCAAAUGCAAGCAAAAAUGCAUUUGAUCUCAUCAUGAUUUUAUAGCAGCUAGGCUCUCCUUGAAUUAUUAGCUAGCUAUAGCUAUAAGGGGGUUGCAGUGAAAACGAAGUUUUCCAAAGAAGGGAUGAGAUAAAAUGAUCAAAAUCAUGAAUGUUCAGACUAUUUUGCCUAUUUUUGUUUGGGAGUACUAUAUCUCUGCAACAUGAUGACUAGUUAAUUA